CCCAGCCACCUGUAUAAAAGUCAUCGUCUCCGCUCACACAACAAAGUGAAAGCAGAAAUGCUUCUGACGAGUCGACCAUGAUGUUUAUCUUACUCUGUCUUUGUCUUCUGUGUUUGACUGCAACAACUCUUUGUGAUGAACAAGGAACAUUUGUAGUGAAUGUGGCACAGACCUCCUAUCAGGCAGAGGAGAACAAUAACAUCACACUGGAAUGGACGUUCAAAACCAACAACGACAGUUCCAACAACUCCCUUAAUAUCUUCUGUGAACUGAUUGCUGAUCAAAAGGUUUCAGUCCUGUAUGAUCUACAUGAAGGUGUUGAGGUCCCAGAGUCUCAGCAUGAACAGUUUGCAGGACGAGUCCAGUGUGACAAAGACGUCCUCACAGAAGGAAAAAUCAGACUCCAUGUGUCCAAACUCAGGACUGAAGACUCUGGCCUGUAUGUGUGUAACCUGAGAACAAAUGAUGGUGGUGGCUCUGGUAGAUGUCAGCUCACUGUCACUGCACCCAUAAUCAGUGCCACUGUUGGAGGCUCCGUCCUGAUCCCCUGCUCUCUACCAGUUCCUCCACUGAUACUCAGAUGGUUUUUCUGGCAGGACCAGUUCGGCAACAUUUUGUUUCACUGGGACCUCAGUGGGCAAACAAUGCCAAUAGCUGACAAAUACAAAAAAAGAUGUCAAGUCUUCCCUACUGAGUUUAGUUCUGGAAAUAUUUCCAUUAGACUUGACAAUGUUACUGUUGGAGAUGACAACAAAACAUUCUGGGCCUAUGUACGUUUAAUGGACGAGAAAAACGUCCCCAAACCGUCUGAACAACGUUGCAAAUUCACCGUGCAGGUUUCAGCUCCCCACCAACAUCUAGUCCUGACUGUUAACAACACAGCUAACAGAGCAACCUGCACAGCACAUGGAGGAUACCCUGAACCUAAAGUGUCAUGGACGGGUCGAAAGAAAUCCAGCACUGCACAGCUGGACCUGCAGGAUGCUGAGACGUCCCUGCAGCAGGAUCCAACAGAGAAAACCUUCUCAGUCACAAGCUCUGUCAGUGUGAAGGAGUUCCAGUCUGUAACCUGCAUCAUCUUCAACCCUCGCACCAACCAGAGGAUUAAAGGAACUGCAGAGAUCAGUGCUUCUGAUGAGGAACCGAAGAGCGACACUUCUUUGGUUGUUGGAUUAGGUGUUGGCGUAUCUCUUUCCAUCAUCAUCAUCAUCAUCAUCAUAUUUCUCAUAGUGUACUGGGACAGAAUAUAUAAAAGGGGUAACUGGAAUCCAGAAAACCCACCAAAUGCAAAUGAAGACCUAGCUGAAGGAAAUGUUCCUGAUGCUCAGCUCAACGUGUCAGGACAAAACCAAUCUGAGGAAAAUAGUCCACUAAGGAGGAGGAAUGGUGCUGAAAACUCGACUGAUGAGGAUGCAGCUUCUGGUGGUGAUGAUGCAGAAUGUGGAAAAAACCGCUGAUGUUUUACUUUUUGCUAAAUCAUUAUUAUUAUUUAAUUUUUUAUAUCUUUCUAAUUCUGCCCCUGCUGUUUCCUCCCUGCACUGAGAUAGUGAUUCUUUGUUUCAUUGUGGGUGCUGUUACCAUUGAGUGUUUUAUUGAUUACAGUUAUUACUUUGUGUGUCGGGGUUGUUUUUUAGGUCAGCGACGGUUUGGCGGUUUAAGCUGCGAAAGUAAACACACACAGGCGUAAACUUUGGUCUUUUUUCCUGAUGCAGACCACAGGAGACGAGUAGGGUGAGCUGGACUUUCUGAUCAAGCUGUGGUCGAGCAGGUUUUGGAGAUAUUCCUUCACCUCUUUGUACAAAGGCUUAGGAAGUGAGUUGUCGGACAUUUGGUUGCAUUCCAAAAUUUGAAGCUGUAAAAAGGAUGAAACACCAGUCCAAUGUCAGAAUGGUCUUCAGCAAACACAUCAGACUCUUCAUACAUGUCUCUCACUUUGUGUCUCUCUUUUGUUCAUCCUACUAAAGCUGGAAACAGCUCUAACCCCUCAGAACAGUUACUGACUAGGUUGGGUUGAAAGAGCAUUGUCUCGCCCAUGGCCAUUCCUUGAAUCUACGUUUAACCUCACAAAUCUGCUCUGCAGGAAUAGUUACAUCUCUCUUCCCUAUUCUCACACUACUGGUCUCAUCUCAGUUUGCAGGGCAGAGACCACAGCUUCCCCCUCACUGUCACUGACACUUAAAGCUUCUUAUCAGCCUCAUGUCUUAUCUGUUCUUUGUUUUGAUUAUCUCUGCUAUUACAUUGCUGCCUAAAAGAGGACAGUUAUUCUGUCUGAUUAGCACUGUAACUAUGGUCACAUGGCCUUUAUUAGUUAACAUUUCCGUUCAUGUACACUGGAUGCGUUGGACUGCCUAUGGUUGGUGUAGUUGUGGUCAGGAUGUGGUGGAGUGGAGCAUCCAUGUUGAUGGGUUGUUCAUAAAAUAGAAAAAAGGAUAUCUGUUUACAUAAAAAAAUCUCCAACCCACUACAUGUGCUUUAUCAAUACGAUGUUUUACAGUUACUUUGGUCCAAAGAACCACAAUGGGUUAAAGUUGAAUUUUUUAAAAUAGUAUUCUUGUUUUUGCUAUAAAUGUCUGACAGUGUCCUUGUUAAUAUGUAACUGCAAACAUUUCAUGUAUCUUGAAUUUCAAUUUUAUUUUUUAUGAACAAUCUGAACAGUAUAAUUAAGAGAAAAUGUAACAUUAUAACACAUUUCACUGGUUGUAUUGCUAACUCACAGAUACAUAACUGAUAAUGAACAUUAACUGACAGAAAAUCUAUCAGAUAAGUCUUUUUUUAAACUCAAGACCUACUCAAGAUUUUUAUUUAUUUAUUUGUCUGUUUAUUUACACAUUUUAAUGUUUUAUUACGUGGUAAUCCUGCCUACAAUGUUUCCUCAGUUUGUGUUUUUUGUGAAUUCUGUUAUCAUUGAGUGUUUCAUUUCUUACAUUUAUUAGUUUUUGUAAUAAAAAGCUUUUGUAUGAAAAACA